UUUUUAUUUUCAUUCUCCGUUAAAAAUUAAAUACAUGUAUCUUUAGAUUUUUUUUUAUUAUUUAUAUAUAUGAUUUUUUCAUUAAAUAAUGAAUUAUUUUCUUCGAUAAUUGAUAAUAGUAUAUAUGUGAUAAAUUCUCGUUAUAAUUUCACUAUUCAAUUCGCGUCUUUAAUUUUUAUAAGUAUCCAUUGACCAUAUCUAAGGAUAAUAAUUAAUUAGCUGAAUUAUCAAAUCCGAAUUGAAUCAGUGAAAGAUAAUAAGUAAUUGAUAAUGGCAAAACCUCAAAUUAAAAAGAGAUUUUCAUUCUUCAGUUCUACACAAAAGUCUCCACCAUUAUCACCACAAAAUUUAUAUAAUAAUACAUCAUCAUAUUUUCUAUCACAAGAAAUACGUGAUGAUAAUAAUCCAACAACAGAUGAUAUACGUAUAUCAAUUGAAAAUUUAGAAAAACUCGUUUUGGCUGCUGAUGAAUAUAGAGAUUAUGUAAAUAAAUUAAGUAAAAUCUCUAAAAAUUUUAGUAAAUGUUUGAAAGAUUAUAGUAAUUGUAAGGGAAUUGAUAAAUCUUAUGUUCAAUGCAUUCAGUUUACAUCGCAAUUUUAUGAACAUCACGCGGAAAUUCAAGCUAAAUUGAACAAGGCUUUACAAAAAGAGUUUGAAACAUUACAAAAAUUCUGGGAUAGGUAUUCUAAAAAAGUUGAAGUAAGUAAAUUUCAUUUUAUAACAAAUGCUAACAAUGAAAUAAUAAUAACAAUGCCAAUUUCAUUUAUUGUAGAAAGAUGAAAAAGCUCAUAACGAUUAUGUCGGAGAUUUAGACAAGCAAAUAAAGAAAAUUAGUAAAGAUCAUGAAAAGAAGAGUAAAAAAGAAAAUAAA